AUGUGGGUUAAGCUCUUAAAAGAUUGGCGACGGCCGAGUUCUGGGCGCUGGACCUUGGUUGCCUACCCGGAUGGCGCUAUAGGUCCUAAGGGACGUCCUGGAAGCACGGGCGCAGGCUCUGAGCACGCGAACAGUUACCCCGUAGACUGCCUCCAUGUGGUGACGAGCCAGUCCGACAGGGUGCUGGAGCUGCAAGCGAGGCUUCCCGAGGACUGGCAGGUCACGGUGUCUGUCCGGGACGCUGACGGGGACGCGGUCCUCGGAGAGGCUAGACUGGACCUCGAGAACAGGCUGCUUUCCGGGCACCGCGCUUGCGCCGGCCUACCCGCCGAGUACUGCAGGUAUGGUUGGCAAAAGUGGCGAGAGUCAAGCCCGCCGUCGGCGAUCCUGGCCGACCUGUGUUCCGCGGCAGGACUCCCACCGCCUACCUACGGGGAGCACUGCGUGACCGUCGGCAACGUGACGGUCACGGCCCCGGAGGACAGCCCCACUGGUAAGUCGGGUGCGAGCGCCCCCUCGCGGUCACGGCGGACUUGUGGUGACGCGGUGGUACCUCCAGGCGAGCGGACUGAGGACGCCGCUCUGCGUGCACUGCUGCGCUGGCAGGACCUUGUGCCGGGCGGCAAGCGGCUCCUGCGGGCGGCCCUGGAGACCGUCGCCCUCGAGCCGACCCAGGCGCGGCUGCAGCUGUGGGUGGACGUGCUGCCCCCGCACCCGCCGCCACCGCCGCCCCUGCACGUGGCGCCGCCGCCCGCGCGGCCCCUGCUGCUCACCCUGGACGUGCGGAGCCUCGACGGCGUGGCCGAGCACGAGCCGGGCGGGCUCAACCUGGUGGCGCGCGCCUGGCUGAGCGGCUGCAAGGCGGGCGCGGUCAGCUCGCCGCCCGUCGCCUGGUCAGCGGGGCAGCCGCAGCAGCCGCAGGUGCAGCUGAGGCUGCCGCUGCUGUACAGCCCGCUCCACAGGCGCCUCCUCGCUCCCCACCGCCAGCUGCGGCGUCUGCGCCGUCCGCAUCUGCACCUGCAGCUGCACCACCUGCCGAGCAGGGCUGCGCGGAAGUGCCUAGGUACGUACGCCCAUAUCGGCCGUUACACCCGCCAACCCCAGAGCCUUGUGGCAGGUGUCCGCUCCCGCAGUACUGCAUGUUGUCCGAGAGUCCGUAGGCCUGACCCUGGUGUGCUGUCGCGGCUCUCGCAGGCCGGCUGACAGUGGACCUCAGCCGCCUCCCCGCUGGCGUCUGCCCGGCCGAGGACGGCGACCUGUUCGCGUGCGGCGCGGCGGCGGGCACCUGGGCCCUGGCGGGCCUUCCCCGCGGCCGCGUGGCCGGCCGCCUGGACAUGGCGCUGGGCGUGAGGCCGCUCCCGCGCAGUCCGUGCUCCUCGUCCCCGUCGAGGCACCCUUCCUGGCGGUCCUCCGCCAGCUUCGACGACGGUCCGAGCAGGCGACACAGAAGGUGGGGGCUCGUCCUGUGUCACAAGCUGCGGUUUAUCUCCACCAUUUCUCAUCACGGCGUUGCCUGGUGGCGUUCCCAGCGCACUAAAGUCCCUUCAUGCUCCAGGCCCUCAGGUGCAGAAGAGGGCGAAGAAGGACAAGGGGGGCAAGGGGAGAGUCGGGCCAAGCGCUGGAUGAACAGCAUCAAUGACUUCGCCAUCAGAAGGCCGUUCUUCGUCAUGCGCCUGACCUGCUUCCUCCUCCUGCUCAUCGUGUUCUUGGUUGUGUUAGUGAUGUCCUUAUCGUCCGGCGUAUGAAGUUGGUAGCAAUAUGAUAAAGGAACCAAAAAUGUAGGUUUUGAGCGCCUAGCUACUUCCGUCCAUGACAACUAGCGAAGGAAAACGUCGUCUGUCAAAGAGAGAUCUAGUAGGCUAGUCGAGAAAUGGACGCCCGAGGUUGCGCCCCGUUUAGGUUCUUCUAUCAUGGUAUUGGCAUGUUCCUAGGUCAAGUCGAAGGGUUCUUCUCAGCACUCCCAGCAGGAAAGGGCAUGUAUAGGACUAGGUUAAC